UGUUCAUUCUUUCGUAACCUGGGAGCAGUUCUUAAACACUCAGAAAUUCGCAUUAUGACUUUUGCUGUGCUCACCAUUUUCCAAUUGUUGGCGUUUGUGUUCUUGGGCCUGUCCAUGGUUCAUGGUCAGAGUUGGGACCAAGCAGUGUUAACACCCGGAAAAAGAGGCGACGGUGUAACCAAGAAAGCAAUUGCUCUUGUGGAGUCGACUUUGGGGUCUACUAAUAAACUGCUUGAGCGUACAGCGAUAGUUGAAUCAAAGAAUGGAAGAGACCCAAGAAGAAUUCGAAGUGGCUAUCACGGAGGAAUAUGGCAAGUUGAUUCCAAUGCUUUUCGUAGCACCCAAGAUGUAAAGAGGCACCCUGGGUUGAAGGCAGAGCAUCAGAAGAUUAAAGCCAAGUUUGGAAUCAACUGGGGAAAGGUUAACUAUGUGGACUUGCGCAAACCACUGYACUCUGCUAUCGCAGCAAGGCUUUAYUACAAGAACAAUCCCUCAAAAAUCCCUGCGAGAUUGCCAGAACAAGCAAUGUAUUGGAAGAAACAUUAUAAGAAAAGAUCAGGAGCUGGAGCUUUUAAUAAGUUUAUAACUGAUGUUAUGUUUUAUGAUACCAAAAUUAUACCUACCUCCUGUGCUGAUGUUGUAAGUCUCGGCGGAGAUGCSAAUAAGGGUAAAAAGGUCUUCAUGMAAAAAGGGGCACAAUGUCACAGUGUCCUUAAUGGUGGAAAGCAUAAGAGUGGCCCAAAUUUGUAUGGACUUUUUGGCCGAAAUUCUGGUGGAAGUUCUGGUUUUUCGUACACCAGCGCGAUGAAAAAUAAAGGCAUUACAUGGAGUGUACGUAAGUUGUACCAAUUCCUGCAAAAUCCCAAAAAAUAUAUACCAGGUACAAAGAUGGUGUUCGCAGGGAUUAAAAAAAUCCGUGAGCUACUUGACUUGAUUGCUUAUCUUUGCGAAGUUCUACAGU